UACAAUGUAAUCUAACCUUGAUGUUCUGACGUUUAGAAAUUUGACGGCGGCGUUAUUGUAAAAAUGUAAUGCAUUGUGAAUAAUUUAAUUCCUUCAUUUCUUGCAUAUGAAAGGAUAUCACGUUUAAACGGAAUGCGCAAUGUGAUAAUUGGUCUAGGUUUCUUUUGCAAUCAUUUAUUUUUAGCACAAGAAUUUCUUAAGAGACAAAGCUUUCUUCUCAUCAGCUAUAUUAUUUUACGAAUAUAUAAACACAGGUAGUACUAAGAUCAAUAAGAAUCUGAAAUAUAAUGAUCUCAGAAAUUGGUACAGAAGGCUUUCAGCCAAGAGGGCUAUCAGAAGAACGCCUGUUUAAGUUGCAAUGUUUGAUUAAAGCAACAGAAAUACAGCACAGUGCUCAAUGUGAAUAUGGAAAUAAACUAUUUUUAGCUCUUACAACUGGGAAUGCUGAAAUUUUUUUAUAUUACAAAAAGGAUUCUUCAUCUGCUCCAAUAAUUAAAAGAAUUCCUUGGUUCCAAGGAUCUCACAAACAAAUUUCAGCUUUAUGUUUCCACUCUGUGGGAUCAUGGUUGCUCUCUGCAAGUGUUGAUGGCUCUGUAUAUAUUAUUCCUGCUUUGUGCUGGGUUGAUGAAAGUUAUGAUAGAGAUAGAAGAUGGACCAGUGAUGAUAUAACUUCUUUUCCUUCUAUUAGUUCACAAUCUUCCCAUUCAAAACCUACAGCAAUAGUAUGGUGGCAAAGCUCAGUAAUACCUGCUGAAAUUGGUAUUAUUGGAACUGAAUAUGGGGAGAUUUUAUUUAUAAAUCUCGAAACUGGUCACCAAACGAGCGUUACACAAGUUAAAGGAAACAUUUCCAGUUUGCACAUUUGCCAUGAUCAGAGUAAUGACAUUGUAUCUCUCUUAAUAACAAGUCAAUCCCGGCGGCAGUGGCGAUUACUUUUAGAGCAGCGAACGUAUAGCUGUUUGCAUCAUUUGGAAAAUGGGGAACCAUAUAAUGUAUUGCACACAAAUGACAACAUGUACGAUAAUACAAAAAUAUUUGCUUCUACUAGAUCCAGACUGCAAGGACUCAAGCAGUUGUCAGUUGACAAACUUGCUAUACUUAGACAAAAGUUGAUAGAAACAAAAAGUCAAGCUUUAGGAGAAAAUCUGCAAUAUCAUGAUAUUACAAGUAACAGAAAUACUCACAAUAUAACUAUUCAUUCUGAUCCAUCUACAGAGGUGAAUCAAAAUCAAAUAACACCUGAAUUAAUGUCAUCAGAAGUGUUUCUGAUGUCUCAGUUUGACAGAGAAGGCCAACAAUUAUAUACAUGUUAUCAUUCUCUAACAAAUCAAAUACUGGUAUAUGGACCUAAUUUUAGGCCUCUAUCAGCACAUAAAGUAGUUGAAUCUUGUAGAAACGUUUUAUUAACUCAACGUUUUCUUUUUAUUACUGACGCUAGUCAGCGUGUAAUGUAUGUGAUAUCAGACAGAUUAUCCGAAAAUCGUGAUAUUGAUAAAAGUGAUAUUGGGAAGUUUAAUCCAGAGUGUAUCGUUGGUUACUUUUCUUUAGCAAAUAGCAAAGAAGUAAUACGUGCCGUGUACAGAGCUGUCGAUUUUACUAACAAUGCGCCAAUACCACCUUCCGAUGAUACAAAAAAUAAAUACACGUUACCAAAGGGAAUAAAUGAUAUUAAAAUUGAAUUACCUCAUGUAGAUACUUGUAUAAUUGUAACAAAUCAUUCUGUGUAUAAAGUUGUUCUAAGGAAACCAAUAUUGUCAAUUUUUAUGGAGUUAGUAUUGCAAAACAAUGAACUUGAAAAAGCAGCAAAAUUGGCUAUAAUAUUUGGCAUCAAUGCGCAACAGUUGUUAGAGCAAGCUGGUGACAUACUUUUGACAAACAAAGAUUUUCCACGAGCGGUGGCUUGUUAUAAAUUGUCUAAAUGUAGAAUAAUGAAAAGUAUGUUGAAAUUUGCAUCUGUUGGAUAUACAGCAGAUUACACAUUACGUUGUCUCACACACUGUUUAGCUUCUCCAGCUAUUAGUGAGCUACCUAUUGCAUCAAGAAUACAUCUUUCUAAUUUGUGUGUUCUUGCCUUUAUCGAACGGACGCUUAGAAUAUCAUCUCAAAAGUCUAAAGCGAUAUAUAAGGAGUUUUUAUAUUUCUUAUCUACAAAUUCGUUUUACGAUGAAUUGUUAGCGGUUAAUAUUGCGGGACAAACGUGUCUUUGGGAAGUGUUGCAUCAUUUAGCAACACAGAAGGGUCUUUAUGGACAGAUGUUGGAUAUACUUAUGAAGACAAUAUAUUCUUUCAGUACAAGCAAUUUCUAUCCAACACCAUAUGGUUUGUUAAUAUGUAUAAGUGAACCAAAUUUAAUGCAAGCAAUUUUAGUAAAUCCUGAGUUAGCUAGAAGUCAUAUGUCAUUUAUUGUUGAUAAUCUUCAAAACUCUCAAAUUUUUGUACUUCAGAGAUUGGUCACACUAUACGAUCCAACGAAUCCAGUGAUAAGACCUAGAAUAGUGCGAUGUAGAAUACGUCAUAGAACUACUUCGUAUAGUUCUCAAUCUAGUCAGUGUGAUUCUAUAGAUCUCGUGGAAAAUGAUGAGGCUGACACAUUGAUAGAAGAAAUUAUAGAAACUUUUUUACUAAUUUUACUGACUUUGAUUUAUAAAAAAUCUAUUUUACAUCAAGAAACUUCUCUUACGUGUAAUAUUGAAUUAUUAAACGUUACAAAGGAUAGGAAUAAUACUACUUAUGGUGCUGAUUUCAAAAGAAGGCCUUUAUGUGCUGGAUUCUCUCACGUUAUUCUUAUUAGAAAUGGAAAUGUUUACACAUGGGGAAGUUCUGUACAGGGACGUUUAGGAACUGGUCCAUCUGUAUUGAGAUUUGGCCCGCCACAAGCUAUACCCUUUUUUCGGAUCAUGGAAGUCGAAGUUCUUAGCGUAUCCUGCGGUCAUUGUCACACUUUAGCAAUGACUAACAAUGGUGUUUAUGCUUGGGGAUCAAAUCAAUUCGGUCAGUUAGGUCUAGGAAAAAUUUUACAAUGUUCGUCACCCGAAUUAGUUACUUAUUUGGCUCAAGAAGUUAUUAUCGAUGCCGUGGCCGGUCAAUAUCAUUCUGUCGCGUUGACAUCGGAUGGCAGAGUUUUUACAUGGGGCUGGGGAGUCCAUGGCCAGCUGGGUCAUGGUAAUACCGAUAAAAAGAUGGUUCCCACGUUAGUCACAUCUUUACUUGGUACAGUUAUACGUUACAUUAGCGCCGGCCAUGCACAUACACUAGCCCUUUCUACAGAGGGUGCGGUGUACGCGUUUGGUUGCAAUAUUUUCGGGCAACUGGGUGUAGGGAAUAAUGUUAAAAGUUCAGUGCCAAUAAAAGUCUUACUAUCAGAGAAAAUAUUUCUUAUUGCAACUGGAUAUUUUCAUAACCUCGCCGUUAGUUACACAAAUAAGUUAUACGUAUGGGGAGCAAGCCCCCAAGUUCUUCGAUUGCAAGCACAAACACAAAAAAGGGCUCGAAUAUUGGAGCAACGGGACAAUAUUAUAAAGCAGUUUGAAAAUAUUGAUGAAUUUGAGAAAGUCCCGGAUCAAGCGAGUAUGAACGACUCGAAUGAAGAGGUUUUCGAAGGCAAUGCACAAAAUAAAGAUGCACAAGUUAAAUCGACGGAAACUAGUCAUUCGGAGACACGGAAGAAACAAUUAGAUAACGUUUGUCUAAAGAGUGUAAAUGUUGGGUCGAUCGAAGAAGUCCAAACACAUUUGAAACCAACAAUAGUAGAUACAAGUUUAGUAAGAGGGGAUAUCAUACAGAUAUCAACCGGGUGUCAUCAUAAUGCCCUCGUAACAAAAGACGGUUCGCUUUAUACGUGGGGUCGUAAUUUAGAUGGUCAAAUAGGCGACGGUAGCAGAAGGGAAAUACCAAUUCCCACUACAUUAUGUUACAAUCCUGCUUCUGUUUUUGCACAAGUACCUCCAAGACAUAACGCUUACAAACGAGGAGACGAAGAGCAAGAAUUUGAUGGUGGAAUAAAAACGUCCACAAUGGGAGAAAGACAUAGAAACUCGAAUGAUGAAAGUAAACCAUUUCAAACGGAAAACAAUGAAUCUAGAGAAAAAGUAAAUCCUAUAAUUAAAACGGUUGGAGUCUGUUGCGGCUAUGACUACACGGUUGCCAUUCAACCAGGAGGUACAGUUUUAGCUUGGGGUAAUAAUAGCAGAGCGCAAUUAGGCCGGGUUCUUGCAAAAGAUACACGCGAGAACGACGAUAAACUUGUAUUAAUUAAAAAACGCGUUGUACGAUUACCCCAUACUUCGCAUAGAGCUAUGGAGGUGCCUAGUCAAGUUCCUAACAUUCCUGCACCCAUUAUUUCUUAUCAGAGUUAUGAUGUACCUCCUCUUGCGGGUGUUAUUCGUCCUUUAAGCGUGAUAGAAAAAUCAUCAGGAGAGUUAACGCUGCAUUAUGCAUUAGAAUAUUUCUCUGGUUUAUACGAUUCUUCAAGAAUCAUGGAUAAGUGUAUUGAACUCAGUAAUUAUCAAGCUUGCUCAAAGAUAGCUAUGCUGCAACAUAAUAUUUCUGAAGCAUUCUCAUAUCAACUGAAAAUUUUGCACCUAAUAAGUAUUCGCUCUUGCUCAAAAACAAAGUCUGAACAUUUACGUGAAAAGGCAGAAUGUAAGACGGCGGAGGAUACUGAAAUAAAAACAAAGUCUUUAAAUCAUAACGUUAAAAAGAAUACUGAAUUAUUUAAUAAACAAGUGGAAAAGAAUUUAAUCGAUUCUGUCGAGGAUUGUGCUGUUAGAAACAAAUUGAAAAUCCCAGCGAGUAAAUCAUUGAAUAGUUUACAGAUACUUCAACAAGAAUUGUACACAUUUGAUUGCCAAGGUGGUUUAGAGGAAUUAUGCAAAGACGCGAAGUGCGAGAACGCACCUUCAGAAAUUUUUGAAAACUCGUACGAUUCUGAUGCUAAUUCUGAAUCAGAUGAAUGGGUGGAAAAUCUUGUUUUGAUGCAAGAAAAAGAAAGUAGAACCGAGGACAAUUCAGUAUCCUCUGCUGCUAUAAAAGAAACAGCUGAACAAAAUCAACUGUACAAAAGCAGUGAAAAGAAAAUUUCAAGUUCUCGACAAAACAACCUCAUCAACGAAGCCGUUAAAGUGAUUAAAUUUUUCUUAAACGAAAUGGAAAGUGAACCGGAUACGACCAAGUGCAAAAUAUUGCAAGAUGCUCUUGAUUUCUGGAUUGAACAUGAGUUACCUAUACAAAGCAUCGAAAAUGUAUUUUUAGAGCAUAUUGAAUCAAUUUUUUACCCCCUUGGAUUAUUACUAUUCUGUCAAGAGAUAAUGGAUAAAUAUUUGGACACAAAUAAGAAUGAUACAGAAGUCAAGAACUCUACUCUGGUUAAUUUAUUUUCUGUUAAAUUUUGCCUUCAAGUGUGUUCUAUGUUAUUGAAUCAUAUUGAUCAAGAUGAGCCUGCACCCGAAUUUAUCAAGCUGUUAUCAUCUUUAACUGCUGAUCAUUAUGGACCACCACUCACUGGAUAUCCAGGUUCGAGUGGGAAUAAUACUUCGAAACAAAUGAUAGAAGGGAUUAUAAGUACUGUGUCUUCUAAUACUCACGAUUCUAGAUCAUUUGUACAUAUUAAGGAUCCAGACACAGUGUAUCGAUUUCUCGCUGCUGAAGAAGAUACAAUGGUAUUUACGUGUGGACAUCAUUUUCCAUUGUCUACCUACAAAACGGAAGUGAUUUCAACAAUGGAAACUGAGUUACUGACAUCUGAAUCACUAGUUCUUCCAUGUACAGCUCAGUAUCUAGGAAAAAUGUUAUUUCAAACGUCUAAACCAGAAAUAUUGUGUCCAUUGUGUAUACCACGAGCAUUGGAAACGUUGGUGAAAAAGAAUAAUGGGUGAGAAGUAUGUACCUGAGAUUUUAUUUAGAAGAAACUGGUAUACAAUUUUUUUCUUAGGCUCUUAAAGAACACAAAUUAUGCAUAUAAAGUGAACAUUAAAAUUAAUUUUAAUAGACUAAAGUAUAUUAAAAGUACUGUAAUCUAGUUAGAUUAAUAACUAAGUAUGAAAUGGACAAAAUACUUGCCAUUGCAAUUCGAACAUCUAUUCAACAAACAUCAUAGAAUAUUGUAAAGGAUUAAAGCUCUCUAUAUAUUCCAAACCAUAUUUUUUAAAUUAUCUAUAUAUACAGGUAACUAUUCAUAGACACAAAAAUUUAUUAAACAUAUUACUGAAUAUAAAAGAAAAAAUACUAUAGUGCACUAAUUUUUAUAUUACUUAAAGACUUUUGUCUUAUUAAGUAUCAUAAUUGUUUGAUUACGCACAUUGAAAUUGAACGUAUUGUACUGGAAACAGAUCUUAUGUGUUCAUAAAUCGUUGGUACUAAAAGGUACUGUAAGGUAAUAAGAGGAGCUAGCUUAUGAAUUGAUAUAUAUUUUUUGUUGUAUAUUGUUUAAAUUCAUGAGCAUCACAAAAUCAGCAAAAUUUUAAUUAAACGCGUGACUUCUGAUUAGUAUACAGUAUAAUAAAUUUCGUUAUAAUUAGCACUAUGAUUAAAAAAAUUAAUUAAUUCAAAUACAACGAUAAAUAUAAGAAAUAACGAACUAAAUAUUAUUUCUCUUUGCAGCAAUUUGUAGUUUGCAAUGACUAAAAAUUUGAGUCUUAUUAGAAUUUCAAUCUUUGGUUUAUAGCAUAAAAAUGGCUAUAAAAAACAUGUUACCCAGGUGUGAGGUUUAUUAACCAAAUGCUAGUUGUUGUGAAAUAUAAUAUACAAUUGUACAGUAGUUAUAUUACAUUAGAAUUGUAUAAUAACAGAACACUAGAGAAUGGAUGCAGUUAUCUAAAAUUGGUGCAAAAUACUAAGGACUGAAAAAAAAGUACAUUCAUCUAGUCUGAAAAGUAUAUGCCAGAAUUAUAUAAUAAUUAAUCAUGGUAGAAGUUUUAUUAAUACAGGUAUAUAUUAAGUGAUCUUUUUUUUUUGAAGUUAAAUUUAUUUUUAAUUAGAUUAAUAUAAGAAUAUGGUAGGGAAAUAGAACUAAUAUAUGUGUAUAGAAUACAAAUUUAUAACGUAAACAAGAUUUUUGGUUACAAAUGGAACAGGCUGGUAGAAAUGUUUUAUUGUCUUUUAAUGGUAGAAUUGCAUGAAAGUAAAAAAAUAAUAGAGAUAUAAUAUUAUAUGUCAGAGAUCUUCAUCAUGAUUUCAGUAACCAAAUAGGAAGGUUUUAGACAUUUAAUCAAUGCAAAUUUAAUUAUAAUUAUGUUAAAUUAUAAACUGCCGAAUAUUUUAUCAACUUAAUAAACAUAAUGUAACAUACUAAAUUUAAAUGAUUCAUGUUAGUUAUUUUAACUGGUCAAUAUUUUCUUAAUUAGUAUGCUACGUGAAUCAAUUUGUAGAGGAUUGAAAACUCUAAAACAGGGAACAGUCGUUGAAGAAAGUGCAAUAUAUGAAAGGAAAAUCGCGUUGAAUAAAAUCUAAAUCCUUCUGUUCAACAAUGGUACAUUUUCCUAUUAGUUAUUCUUUUAAAUAAACUAUAUACCUAUAUACCAUAUUUUCGACCUGCAAGACAGUCUUCCACGUCUUGUUUCUCGAUACUUAACAUACGGGUAUGAUAUAUUAAAAUACAUAUUCAAUUUAUCACUAAUAAAUUCAAUGGAAUUUGUUUGUGAUAAAAUGUAUCAUCUAUCUUUCGACAUCACUUGCGUUAUUAUUUUAAGUAUCGUAUCAAUUACGAAACGUAUAACAAAUUAAUUGAAAUCAGAUGUUUUUCAUUAAAUUUCAAUGAAUUUGUUUAAUUAUACGAACCGCAAUAAUGAUGUAACAUACGUACGUAUAUCCGAAUGUACAGUUUUGAACGUCUUAUAUAUUGAAGUCUUUCAUUGAUAGUACUUAGACGAUUAAAAAUAUUGGAUAAAUAAAUACGAUUAGCAGAACGA